CCUUCUGAGAAAAUGCAUUUCGCGGUCUUCAUUUUGCUGUAUAUAAACAAUUGAUCUUUCUUCCAACCCCACAUAUUGGAUCUCAGUUUCAUACUUUUUUACUCCAAUCAUAACCUUUCAUAGCCAGGAAAAUGGCAGUGCUCCGAACAUUAGUUUGUUUGACAGCCAUAGGCAUGUUCAUGGAACUCGCCAUGGCAGCAAAUCACACAGUUGGAGGUGCGAGUGGUGGCUGGGAUACAAGCACUGACCUACAAUCUUGGGUUGCAUCUCAAACAUUUGCAGUAGGCGAUAAUCUGAUUUUUCAGUACACUCCGAACCAUGAUGUGCUUGAAGUUACGAAGGCAGACCAUGACUCCUGCCAGACGAGUAGCCCUCUUCAGACAUAUACCGAUGGCAACACAGUCAUACCCCUUACUUCUCCAGGAAAGCGAUACUUCAUCUGUGGAACACUUGGACACUGUAGCCAAGGAAUGCAGAUUGAAAUCGAUACAUUAGCCACGUCUACGCCACCAUCGGCAUCUCCUUCUCCUUCCUCUCCGCCAUCGGCAUCUCCUUCUCCUUCCUCUCCGCCAUCUGCAUCUCCGGCUCCGGAAACUUCUCCCUCACCUGCAAAUACCCCAGAAUCAGCUCCUGGCAGUCCCUUAUCCCCUGAUGCGCCUUCAGCUGAAUCACCCACUCUUGCUUCUCCACCUGCAUCAUCAGCUAACAAGAGCAGUUUCCGAACAUGUCUUACAUUGGGGUUUGGCCUUGUGUUGAUGGUGCUUUUGGCUCUCUAAGCCGAUUCCUUUCUUUUCAAGGUUCUUCAAAUAAUUUUAUUGUUGUGGAAUGCUUUCGGUUAUCUACUCAGUUGCCUUGCUUAUUUGUGUAAUGGAUUCUUAACAAUUUACUACAUAAUUUUGCAAAAUAACGUUGUUAAUGGGCAGGGUCAGUAGCAGUUAAACCCAUUUUAUGCUCCAUAUAUGACGAGGAAUAAUGACAACAUGCCAUUUC